AUGACCAAUAGGUUGAAGAAUAAAUCAAAAGGUCUUAAAACCACAGAACGUUUGAGCACCAGGGCAUCAACUAGAGCCGAGUUCCCCGCAAAAGGCAAGGAAUACUGCCCUCCCGUAGAAGGAAAAGCUGAUGCGGAAAAAGGGCAGCCCGACUCCAUAGACGUUGUGACGCCGUCGACUACAGUGUCCACGGCCACAACGCGUUCCAGUUCAGUAGACCCUUCACAGCAAAUCUCGGAGGGUUUGACAAAGCAGAAAACUCGCAAUUGUAAAAAUAAAAAAAAGGUUGGCACAACUUCCAGGAAAAUUGCCAAAGCGAAACAAACUGCAGCAAAAACCAUCGAAAUUGAUUACUCGAGUCACUCUUCUGACGACGCCGAUGGUUUGAAAGUCAAGCGCGAAUAUCGUCGAAAAAGGAACAAAGGCGAAGAUAAGGCAGGUUAUUUUAAAGAACUUCGUGAACGACUAUUAGCAUACAAGAAGAAAGAGCUAGAAGAAGAGGAAGCAACUCUAAAAGCUGGGACGCAUCCCAAGUAUGUGGAAGAGAUGAGACGAGUGGAUGAGGAGUAUCAAAAAACGCGAGAACUUCAGCGUCAAAAAAGAGAUCAUGGGUUUGCGCAUGCAGAGAAAGAGUAUGAGGCAGGAGCCUUGCAAAUUAGACAGCAGUAUGUGGUGCGAGCUGAUGACAAGUUGACCGCCGAUGACGUAGAAAAUGAUAUCAGAUCCAUUACGUUAGACACGCGGACGUCGAAUCCCCUAUCCAAGGCUAACAACGCUCCUCAGCAUGUAUCCAUGGAAAAUGAGUUUCGUUCUCGUUUGUCUCUGAGUCUACAACCUCCGCGAUCCAGUGAUUCCACAGGAAACAGAUUUAACAUUCCUCCAAUAUUCUUGAAUCAUGGAAAUUCUCGUUCUCGUCAAGCACUAAACCAACAGACUCCACAAUCCAAUAAUUUUAUUGGAAACGUUCCUCCACCAGCAUAUGUGGAAUUUGAACCUCGUUCGCGUCAAUCUCAGAAUAGACAUUCAUCAUCUAGUAAUAUUAAUCGAAUCAGCGUUACACCAAAUAUCUCUAACUGGAAUGGUCUGCAGGCGCCUUCGAUAACUCAAGUUAAUGUUCGGCUUCAGCAGGCGAUGCCAACGAAUCAGAUUGAUGAGGGUUCUCUAAUUUCUUCAAGCUGCACGUCAGGGCCGCCACCCAGAAGCAAAAUUAUAUACGGUUGGCUUGAGAAGGGAACGAAGGGGAAGCCUGAGUAUGACCGAUGA